AGUUUCACAAAAGUAACGCUUUCCCUCUCUUACCUUUUAUAUGACCAAAUACCCAUCGCCACCACCACCUCUCAACCUCUGCACACCAACAUCGGCGCUCGGAGGCUCUCUCUUUCUCUCUCUAUCUAUAUAGAUAGAAGUCAGCUGCGGUGAAGAUUCUGAGACUGCAGGAAUUCUGUGAUGGCUUCGAAGAGGAUCAACAAGGAGUUGAAGGAUCUCCAGAGAGACCCUCCUGCUUCAUGCAGUGCUGGUCCUGUGGCUGAUGAUAUGUUCCACUGGCAAGCAACAAUUAUGGGCCCAUCAGACAGCCCAUUUGCUGGGGGUGUGUUUCUUGUAUCCAUUCACUUCCCACCAGAUUACCCAUUCAAGCCACCCAAGGUUUCCUUCCGAACAAAAGUUUUCCACCCCAACAUUAAUAGCAAUGGUAGUAUCUGUCUUGACAUCCUCAAAGAGCAGUGGAGCCCUGCCCUUACUAUAUCCAAGGUCCUUCUCUCUAUAUGCUCACUGCUGACGGAUCCAAAUCCAGAUGAUCCUUUGGUGCCUGAGAUAGCUCACAUGUAUAAGACUGACAGAGCGAAGUACGAGACUACAGCUCGCUCCUGGACCCAGAAGUAUGCCAUGGGCUAAGGCCCAUCUGCUGCAUCAAUGCUUAAAACCAUCCUACUAGUAAAUAAAUAGAUGUAAGCUGAUCUGAAGGUUAAAAGAACGCGUGCGUUUCGUCUGUUGUGAUGUCUCCUGUCUUGGAGAAAUUUAAUGUGGGUUUCAGUAAUCUGAGACAUCUGACUUUAAGACAUGGCAUAGUUAUAUGGAACUUGGUGGCAAAAUCAUGUUUUUGUGUUGCA